GUUCUGAGAGUGCGAACGGGAGAUAGAGUGAGUAGGAGCCGAGGCUGCAGCCACGCCAAGCUCCAGAUCCGGAGUUUUUUUGGGUUCGGGGAAUCCAGAUCUUGCUGGCGGCUUUCUGGUUUAAUGCACCAACGUGCACUUUCAAUCUGACAAUGAUUUCCUCAGUGAUUACGUACAGUGCGUAUCCCUGUGGGUAUGGGGCCCCCUCUGGAGCUAUCGUGAUGGGUUUGGGGCCUUGUUUAAAUUUUCCAUUAUUAUGUGGAGAGUGCCGGAGCGACAGCGCAGUCCAAGAUCUUGCAGUAGAAGAAAAUGAGAUUGAAGACCUGCAGCCUACUGUGGGACAGACGGGCGCUCAAAGUGACGGACCGGACGCGGAGGAUGACCCCUCGUGCUCCUGGCCUCCCUCCUCUCCGUCCAGCAAGGACCAGGGCUCCCCGGGUCACGGCGACGUCUGCGAGGUGGGCGAGGAGGAAGGAGGGGCGGGGCUGCCCUACCCCUGCCAGUUCUGCGAGAAGUCCUUCAGCCGCCUCAGCUACCUGAAGCACCACGAGCAAACACACAGCGACAAGCUGCCCUUCCGCUGCACCUUCUGCAGCCGCCUCUUCAAGCACAAGCGCAGCCGCGACCGCCACGUCAAGCUGCACACCGGCGACAAGAAGUACCACUGCAGCGAGUGCGAGGCCGCCUUCUCCCGCAGCGACCACCUCAAGAUCCACCUCAAGACACACACCUCCAGCAAGCCCUACAAGUGCGCCGUCUGCCGCCGGGGCUUCCUCACCUCCAGCUCCCUCAACGGGCACAUGCAGGUGCACGAGAAGGCCAAGGACUCGCCAGCGGCCCCCUCCGCCCUCUCCCGCCUGGGUGACUGGAAGCUCCCGGAGGCCCGCAAGUGCAGCCAGUGCGAGGAGGGCUUCGACCUGCCCGAGGAGCUGCAGCGGCACAUCGGCGAGUGCCACCCGGACUGCUCGCCCACCGAGGACCGGGCGGCCUUCCAGUGCGUCUGCUGCUCGGAGCUCUUCGCCGAGGAGAGCGCCCUGCUGGCCCAUGCUGACCGGGCCCACGGGAGGGACAAGCCGCCCCGCUGCAGCGUCUGCUCCGAGCGCUUCCUCUCGGCUGAGGAGCUGUACGCCCACAUGGACGCCCACCAGAGGCCCGAGCCCAGCAACCACAGCGACAGCCCCUCCCUGGUGACGGUGGGCUACACUUCCGUCUCCAGCACCACCCCGGACUCCAACCUCUCCGUCGACAGCUCCACCCUGCUGGACGUCUCCUCCCAGCCGCCCAAGCAGCGGGCCAAGAAGAGGGGUCCCCAGCAACCCGCGGAAGGGGCGGCCCCACUCCUCAAGCAGCCCAAGGUGAGCUACACCUGCGUGCACUGCACCAAGCAGGUGUUCAGCAGCCUGGCCGUGCUGCAGAUCCACCUGAAGACCAUGCACCUGGACAAGCCGGAGCAGAUGCACACCUGCCAGCUGUGCCUGGAGAGCCUGCCCUCCCUCUACAACCUCAAUGAGCACCUCCGGCAAGCCCACGAGGGCGAGCGGGAACCCCUGGCCUCCGCCGCCGCCGUCUACCAGUGUAACUUCUGCCCAGAGGUGCCCAGUGACCUCAACAGCCUACAGGAGCACAUCCGCUGCUGCCACAGCUUUGGCGCCAGCUCAGCGUCCAAGGACAGCAAUGCCUUCUUCUGCCCCCACUGCCUGAUGGGCUUCCUGACUGAGACCUCGCUGGAGGAACACGUCCAGCAGGUCCACGCCGAGGCUGGCCCGGCCCCGGGCUACGACUCGCCCCUGCUGGGGGCGCCCAAGGAGCCCGUGAUGGAGAUAUACUCCUGCCCCUACUGCACCAACUCGCCCAUCUUCAACAGCGUCCUCAAGCUCAACAAGCACGUGAAGGAGAACCACAAGAACGUGCCGCUGGCCCUCAACUACAACAACGGCAGCCGCAGGUCCAGCCCCCUGUCGCCCGCCAGCUUGGAACAAGGUCCCGUCAAGAUGGGGCAGGGAGGGUCCCAGAUCCAGGGCGAGUACUCCUGCAACCAGUGCACCGCCAAGUUCACCUCCUCGGAGGGCUUCCAGGCCCACCUGAAGACCCACCUGGGCGCCGUCCAGAGGAAGCUGGCCUGCCCCCAGUGCAACAAGGAGUUCCCAUCCCACGAGGCACUCCUCAAGCAUGUCACAGUCCACUUCACCAUCACCUCCACCUACUACAUCUGCGAGAGCUGCGACAAGCAGUUCACCUCGGUCGACGACCUGCAGAAGCACCUGCUGGACAUGCACACCUUCGUCUUCUUCCGCUGCACCCUGUGCCAGGAGAUCUUCGACUCCAAGGUCUCCAUCCAGCUGCACCUUGCCGUCAAGCACAGCAACGAGAAGAAGGUCUACCGCUGCACCUCCUGCAACUGGGACUUCCCCAGCGAGGCCGACCUGCAGCUGCACGUCAAGCUCAACCACCUGGAGCACCGGGGCAAGGUGCACAAGUGCAUCUUCUGUGGCGAGGUCUUCGGCACUGAGGUGGAGCUCCAGUGCCACAUCACCAGCCACAGCAAGAAGUACAACUGCAAGUUCUGCAGCAAAGCCUUCCACGCCAUCAUCCUGCUGGAGAAGCACCUGAGGGAGAAGCAUUGUGUCUUUGAGGGACGGGCGCCGGGCUGCGCCGCCAACGGAGCCUCCGAGCCGCUGCACAAGGAGGAAGCGACAGCGGCGGAGCUGCAGACCAUCCUGGCCAACCACCGGGAGGUCCACAACAGCCGGGACGGCAGCGAGGAGGACCUGGACGCCUCGGAGACCAUGUACGCCUGCGACAUCUGCGGGGCGGCCUACACCAUGGACUCACUGCUGCAGAACCACCAGCUGAGGGACCACAACAUCCGGCCCGGCGAGAGCGCCAUGGUCAAGCAGAAGGCCGAGCUCAUCAAGGGCAGCCACAAGUGCAACGUCUGCUCGAGGACCUUCUUCUCGGAGAGCGGGCUGAGGGAGCACACCCAGACCCACCUGGGGCCGGUCAAGCACUACAUGUGCCCCAUCUGCGGCGAGAGGUUCCCCUCCCUCCUCACCCUCACCGAGCACAAGGUGACGCACAGCAAGAGCCUGGACACGGGCACCUGCCGCAUCUGCAAGAUGCCCCUGCAGUCGGAGGAGGAGUUCCUGGAGCACUGCCAGAUGCAUCCCGACCUCAGGAACUCCCUGACCGGCUUCCGCUGCGUGGUCUGCAUGCAGACGGUCACCUCCACCCUGGAGCUGAAGAUCCACGGGACCUUCCACAUGCAGAAAACAGGCAGUGCCUCGGGGGGGCAGCAGGUCCAACGCGGGCAAGCCCUGCCGAAGCUCUACAAGUGCGCAUCUUGCCUGAAGGAGUUCCAUUCCAGGCAGGACCUGGUGAAGUUGGACAUCAACGGGCUGCCCUAUGGCCUCUGCAACUCCUGCGUCAACGGCAGCAAACGGGCCAGCCCUGCGCCCGGAGGCGCCAGCGUCAACGGGAGCCAGCCGGCCUCCAACCAGAGCCAGAGCCCCGGGCAGGGGAAGGGGGUGGCCCCCAAGAGCCGGUGCACCAGCUGCAACGUGAAGUUCGAGAGCGAGGGCGAGCUGCAGAACCACACGCUGGCCGUCCACCCCGACCUGGCGCCCGACACCAACAGCCGGCCGAAGACCCCCCAGGUGUCGCCCAUGCCCAAAGUCAGCCCGGCGCAGCCGGAGGAGAAGACAUACCAGUGCAUCAAGUGUCAGAUGAUCUUUCAGUGCGAGUGGGACAUCCAAGUUCACGUGGCCAAUCAUAUGUUGGAGGAAGGCCUGAGUCACGAAUGCAAGCUCUGCAGCCAGACCUUCGACUCCCCUGCCAAGCUUCAGUGUCACCUCGUUGAACACAGUUUCGAAGGCAUGGGGGGCACCUUUAAAUGCCCCGUCUGCUUCACAGCCUUUGUCCAGGCGAACAAGUUGCAGCAACACAUCUUCUCUGCCCACGGACAGGAAGACAAGAUCUACGACUGCUCACAGUGCCCACAGAAAUUCUUCUUCCAAACAGAGUUGCAGAAUCACGCAAUGACACAACACAGCAGUUAAUGUCAGGACAUGGCACCGUGCUCUGGGAAGGCUGCAUUAUUGAACGCGGACAACUUCCUCGUCCCUUUUACGAGGAAGCUUUCAAAGACGGACAUUUUUGGAGAGAACCGAAGCAAAAUUGUAUUAUAAAAUAGCACUCGCUCUGUCAAAAUAUUGAUUUUUUUUUUCAUGUUGUUUAAGCCAACAUGCAGAUUCUCUGUGUGUUUGAGUGUGUGCGUGUGUGUGGAGAUAUGUACUAUAUAUAUAGUAUGUAUAAAGUGUUACACAUGCAUUAUCUUACCGACCCCCCUGUGCCAGUCUAAAGCUGGUAUUCCCUGAGAAACAUGAACUUUAACCGUGGCCCCUGCCACAGUGCCAGUAACAUUGCCAUUCAUGUGAUAGGUAUAAUGUAUAACAAGCAUCAGCAUUUCCAAUGAGAAGCCACCAGGAAAUUCUUAAGUUUAAACUUUCUUUGGCAGAAUUCUGUAUGACCAACUUUCCAGUCAAUUAAAUGAUGCUUAACCAUAACAGUUCUUCGUGUUUAUUCUGCUGUCUGAACCUGGAUUUUACUGGAAUUACUGUGUUCAUAUUAAGAAAUAAACCCGUGCAUC